GGCCGCAGGAGCACGCAGGAGGCCUGGAGGUCGGCGCGGGCCCCUGGAGACGCCGCCGCUGCUAGGCCCUGCUCCGCGCCCCGGAGAGCCCAGGCGCACGCCGCCCCGCUGCGCCCACGCCAUGCCCGUGUCUGACCAGGCGUUCGUGACGCUGGCCACCAACGACAUCUACUGCCAGGGUGCACUGGUCCUGGGCCAGUCCCUGAGGAACCAGAGGGCGACCAGGAGGCUGGUGGUGCUCAUCACCCCACAAGUGUCCAACAUGCUCAGGGUUAUCCUCUCCAAGGUGUUUGAUGAAGUAAUCGAGGUAAACCUGAUAGACAGUGCAGACUACAUCCACCUGGCCUUUCUGAAGAGGCCUGAGCUUGGGGUCACCCUCACCAAGCUUCACUGUUGGACCCUCACCCAUUACAGCAAGUGUGUCUUCCUGGAUGCAGAUACUUUGGUGCUAUCCAACAUCGACGAGCUGUUUGAUAGGACAGAGUUUUCUGCAGCCCCCGACCCCGGAUGGCCGGAUUGCUUCAAUAGCGGGGUGUUUGUCUUCCAACCGUCUCUCGAGACGCAUGGCCUCUUGCUGCAGCACGCCACCGACCACGGCAGCUUUGACGGGGCAGAUCAAGGCUUAUUGAAUAGCUUCUUCAGUAGCUGGUCGACAGCAGACAUCCACAAGCACUUACCGUUCAUCUAUAACUUGAGCAGUAACACGGCGUACACCUACAGCCCCGCUUUCAAGCGAUUUGGCUCGAGUGUGAAGGUCGUCCACUUUUUGGGGCCCACGAAGCCCUGGAACUACAAGUACAACCCCCAGACUGGCUCGGUUUUGGAGGAGGGCUCCGGGUUGGCCAACCAGCACCAGACAUCCUUCCUUAACCUCUGGUGGAAAAUCUACCAGCACAGCAUCCUGCCCCUUUACGAAAGCUUCCGGGAUGAAGAAGAACACGCAUCUCCGGGACACACCGCUGGUGUCGAGGAGCUGGGUGCAAUAUCAGCAGUGGGGUCCAGCCAGCCUUGGCUUGCUGAGGGCCCUGUGGAGCAGACCGUGGUCACGGAUGACACCCCACCCUCACCCAAGGGAUGCCAUGCGGAAGACACGAUAGGGUGGCCUGAACUUGAGACAUCCGCUGGAGUGAGGUGUGACCCAUUGUCACCACCCUCCCCCCAAUGUGCAGACUCCUCAGGGACCCAGAGCACCUCGCAGCCCGCGGAUAAAGCAGAAGGUGACCCGUCUCUGGAAAUUUUGGAACCAAGCCAGGAGCCCCCUGUGGAUGUCACCGGGGACCCCAGUCCUCAGGAUGCUUUGGAGGUUGACCUGGCCGUGUCGGUUUUCGAGAUUUCCAUUGAAGAGAAGGUCAAGGAGCUGAGUCCCGAGGAAGAAAGGAGGAAGUGGGAGGAGGGACGCAUCGAUUACAUGGGGAAGGAUGCAUUCGCGCGCAUCCAGGAGAAGUUGGACCGGUUUCUGCAGUAACCCGAGCGGUCGUGUUACGCCAUGUGUGGUUAGACAGUGUUCUGUUGCAUGAUCCCGUGAACGCGGACAUCUCCUCCACGCCCUUCAGAGGGAACAGGUGUUCAACUAUGUGCCUCUAUUUGCGGCUGACCAACUUGAGUGCCUCACAAAAAUUAUGUAGACCGCCAAAAACUCAGCUUAAAGCCCCCUACCUCCCCGCUCCCGCCCUGCCGAUCCAAGCUACCCAUGCCUUCUUGGCUUCCCUGAGCUGCCAGUUCUUUUCAGCAAAUGGGAGCAGGAAUAAACUUCUGGUAGACCCUUCUUUGUGCUCUCUGGUCCUGCUCCAAAGAGCUCUGGGAUGCUGCCUUGGGCAGGUGCUACCAUGACCUAUCCUAUGUAGGGUUAGACGUCCCUGCAGAUUCUCUUCUGUCCCUGAGCUAAUGACACCAGUGUAUGUAUUCAGGACCUCAGGAACCCUCAACAAUGGAAAGUCCUUUCCUUGAGGACUAGGGAGACGUUCAGACGAGGGUAAGUCUCAUGGAGACACUACAGCUGCUAUUUCUCUUCUGCCAAACCCAGUGGGACUGCCAGGUGCCGUUGACGGAUGUCCAACGGGAAAUGCUGGAGGUAACGUGGAAGGGAGACUCUAGCUGGCUUGGGACAUAGAGCGUCGUCUUGGUUUGGGAGAACCAAGGGUUUACUCCAGCUGGUUCUGAUGACACCUCAUCCACACUAACAGGAUCUGGGGAGGCUCUUGGUUUAGAGGCAGAUCCGUUUGCCAUCCAGUGCACUUCACUGCUCUAUGCUGGAUAUCGCUACCUCAGUCCCAAGUAGUGAGUCAAGUCACUGUGUUCUCUAGACCAUUUCAAUGCACCUGUUUGGGGGAGAAUAUUCACUUUUAUGAGACUGGAUGCUGUAGGAGAAAUCCUCAUCUUCCGAAGUACCCCAAUUUUGUGAAUUCAUGCAGUGUGUUGGAACAGCUCACAGGGUCACUGCUCAUGGCCACCACAAUCAUAAUUAGAAACAGGCAUCACUGUCCUAAAGAGAGGGAAAUGUGUGUGUGUGUGUAUUUUUUUUUUUUGAAGUUAGAAUGCAUUAUCAUGCACAUGGUGUGGGACAUCAAAAGGUUUCAUACAGAUAGGUUUGGACCAAGUGGUGUUGGCCCUGCUAUAGUUGGGUGGGUGUGUUUGGCCACAUUUUACAUCAUGUCGAGCAGGUGAGCCCUUGGGUAGGGGAAUCUGGGGGAGUGCAUGACAUUAGUUGUGAUGUGAGCUUCUGCAAGAUGUGAGUUAUGGAGGGGUUGUUUCCUUUACGUCUGGGUGGCUAAUGGUCUGCAGUCUUGGUUGGCAUCACACCUAGGAUGCUUCCAGAGCUAAGUGAAGAUAGCCAUAUGGAUAUAGCCUUAUAGGGAUAGAGCUGGGACGGUCAUCAGCCAUUAGAAUGACACUAUAUUUAUUCUGGGGAAAGACCGUGGGUGCUGUGUGCUGUGGUGUUGGGUUAUGGAAAACAGGAGCCUGGGUCUGACAUACUGAGAAGGAGGAAAGAGUCCAGAUGUUGGAUAUUUGAAUCUGGUUCAACUUCUGUGUGGAAGAGAACUCCUGUUUCUGGACACAAGUUCCUUGCUUUAAGGUGUCCGUUCAACACGGACUUCUGUUCUGCAUUCUGGUCUCUAUCUUCUGAUGUGAAUGGAUGUUAAUGCACUUCAAUUAAAAUUUUAAAAUAGCGA